UUGUCGAUAGUGGUGUGAUGGUGCGACACCUCAACGCAACCCACGACGACCACAACGCGGAGCGAGCUUUUCCACCGCACAGUCCGUUCCAAUAUGGCCGGUGGUGCGCCACACACCUACACACACCGACAAAGCGCAGCGCGCGAAGAGAACAAGUGCCGAGCCGAGGAACUGUGAGAGAGAGAGAGAGCGCGAAAGCUCACACUUUUCGAUGAACUUGUUGUACAAUCUGCACCGCAAGGCGGCCGUUUCAGUCUGAGAGAGUUGAUCGUGCAUGAACGACGCACCUGUGUCGGUCCGUGUCCGAUGUUCGAAGAACCCUGGUGCGCAAGUCCCGGAUAGAUAGUGCCUGUGUGUCGAGUGAUCCUUUCGAAUGGAUGCACUCGCAAUGUGAAUCGAAGAGAAGAAGCGAAGCCCCGCUAGUUUGGAGAUCCUUGAAGCAGCAUUGGCGGAUGGUUGAAGCGCGUUUUUACAAGCGGGAAAAGAUGUGGUGUUUGGCGAAGAUUUCGGAAGCGAUGCGAUUUCGCUUGAAGUGCCCGUGAAGAGUGUGAUCGAGUACUCCUACCGAAAGGGGGAUGGAACAAGUGGUUGUGAACAGAUCCACGGCUGGUGGGAAAGUCAAGAUGGAGGCUGUGGUUUAAGAGGCUUUUUUGUUUGCGAAAAAAGAGUUUAUCGAAGAUUACGCCGAUUUGCGGAGUGGUUUGCAGCAGAAGGAGCAGCAUCAGCAGCGCAUGAAUCGAGGUUAGGGAAGUGCGCAAGGUGCGGCGCCGAAGAGCCUUGCACUAAAGUGUAGUGUGGAGCGAACCACAAGGGUACAAAACGAAAAGUGCCAAAAGUUUUAGUGCUCUCCAAAAGUGACCAAAAAAUAAACAACGAAACGGCUCAACCGCAAUAAAAUUUUAUCGAAUUUUGUGGUCAUCGUUCCGAGCAUAGCAGCAAGCUAACUACGAAAGCGGGCUCCCCGUCGGAGUGUGGUUAAUCGAGUUGGAAAGGAUUAAAGGUUAAAUGAGACCUGAGUGAAACAAGUUCAUAAAAACGCACCACAGUUUCGCUGGGAAAACAGCACAGUGCAGUGAUAAAUUUAAAACAAAUAAGCAUAAAACAAAAAGUGUCCCCUGGAUGAAGAAAGGCAGCUAGAGAAAAUUAAGUGAAACCGGUCACUGAAAAAAAAAAACGGGCAAUAAAAUAAAGGAUCAGUCAGCAGAAAAUUGAGAUUAAACCAUUCCCAAUUUGGAUUACAAUUAUCGGAUUACGUGCCAAAACGGGGUUGAAAUCAGAGUGGAAGCAGGGUGUCGCAUUAGUAGUGUGCAGCAUUAACAACAGCAGUGCAGCAAUUUACCGUGGUAAUUGAACUUCGUUGCGCUCCGAGUGUGGCAAGUGGGGUGCCGAGCGAGCCUUAUGUGGACUAAAACACACAGGGCGAAUGUAGAUAAAUAGCAGCAGCAGUGACAAUAAGUAAACAACGACGCGAGAAGCCUUGCGUUCCACAAGGCGACAACGAAACGACCGACGUCUUCGAGCGACUCUCAGUCAGACAGGCUGAUUGAAUUGCUAACGAGCAGAUAACAGAAUGCCUACCGAAGGAGUGCUGGACGAUCAUGGGAUCGCUACAAUGUCACGUCCGUCACGGAUUGACCAGUUCCUGGCCGGCAUGGGUGGUGGGGGAGGAGGAGGUGUCGGCAAUGCACCUUCGUCGCCCACCAUCCGAGGUUCGUCUGGUGGAUCUACGUCGGCCAGUGGUGGCAGCCAGUCGGCGUCCUCUUCCCGAUCCAGCUUCGAUGGCCAGUUAGGCUUCCCGUCUCAUAUGAUGAACGCUGCCAGCCAACACCACGGGCGAGAGAGUUCCGCGUUUGUUCCAGUGUUGCCAUCCCGAUCGUUACGGCCCGGAUUGUACCCUGGGAUGCUAGACGGACCGGACGGGAUGCCCAAAGAUGGCGUGCCCAAACGAGGGUCCAGCUAUGAGCUGAUGGCUAUGAUGGCGGAUAAGAGAAAAGAACUAGCGUUGAGAGAAGCCGCCGCGGCAAUGUUACUUCCGAGACCUGGAGGACCCCCGGUUCAAUCCCCUGGAGGCAUGUACCCACCACCGGGUGCGUUUCUCGGAGGACCUGGCCCAUCCCCAACGUCAGCCGGAACCUUCACAUUCCCACCGGCCGGAGUCGGCCUGUAUCCACCGGGGGUUCCUGCCGGUAUGCACCCCGGACUAGAUCGAAGACUGCUGCGAGCACCCGGACGGGCGUCGCGACCCAAGAAGCAAUUCAUCUGCAAGUUCUGCAACCGCCAGUUCACCAAGUCCUACAACCUGCUGAUCCACGAGCGGACGCACACCGACGAACGACCGUACUCGUGCGAUAUCUGUGGGAAAGCCUUCCGGCGGCAGGAUCAUCUACGAGACCACAGGUAACACAAACCAAACAGUUGAAAUAUACUAUGAACACACUCUACAACGUUGGUAUAAACAUCAUCCAGUUCAGUCUUCUCCUUCUGGGUACUAAAUACCCUGGUUCCGUGAAAUCAUAUUUAUGCAAACCAUCUCCAAAAGUAUAUACACAACCGUGUGGAAGCGUAAGUACCUACUCUCUCGUUGUCGCCAACGAGUGCCAAACUUUUUCAGGAAUUUACAGUGCUCAAAGACCGACGACCUCUUCCACCAUCAUGUUGGCCAACAUCAUUUGUGCUUCCACCAGCUAUCUGGCAGCAGCAGCAGCAGCAGCACAAAUUAAAUUAGCCACUUCUGGAUGCAAAUUUAUUCCGGUCCUUUCCUCAGAGACACCUUCGUUCGUAAAGCCAUGCUGCAGCAUCGCAUCGGAUUGGAUGCUGCGUGCGUGUGUGAGUUUAUUUUUCUUUGAAUCGUAAAACUCCUCUGCUCUGGAGCAACCCCGAAAAUGCAGAUGUCGACCAACGAACGACACAUUAGGAACGUCGAGUGUGAAAUUCGUCUUAUGAGGAUACCGUUGCCAUUAAAAUUCAGCGCAGAUCAUUAAAAAGCAAUCACGUUCAAGGCGCAGAUCGUUCUUCUCUAUGUGAGCGGUUGCGUAUGUUUGUGUGUUGUUCCAACCAACCACUGGCACUGGCUGAAAUCCAGCGUGGUAGGGAAGAGCCAUGGCCGAGACCGGAGAGCCUUCUUUGAAAGUUGAGAUGGGUUCUCUCCACUCGUCCUCGUCAAGUGGGUUAACCUUUGUGCAGUUUGUAUAAUGCCAGAAGUUUAAACCAUCGCCAGCUCAUUAUUGACGAAAAGUCGUAGGUAAUUAGCAUACUUUGGAAAGGAAUCCUCGGAAAGCCUUCGCCCGGAUCUGAGAGUCAUGUGCGAUGUGUCUGAGAGGAGCGAUCGAUCGCCAUUUGAGAUGCAAAGUACCUACGAUGUGUGUUAAUUUGAAUAAUUUAUUCCGAACUCAAGAAUGCUUCCAAAUAUCGUUUAUUUGGAUUGAC